AUGGAUCAAAGACAGAAAGGAUCAGAGGCAGAGCACAUGAAUCAGAGUAGCAUUGCCCCGCCCAGCAAAAGCUGUACAGAUUGCCACACAACAAAAACACCAUUAUGGAGGGGAGGUCCAGCUGGGCCAAGGACUCUUUGCAAUGCAUGUGGGAUUAAAUACAGAAAGAGAAAGAGGGCUCUUGUUGGUUUAAACAAAGGAGCAACUGGAACAGAGAGGAGGAAACACAAGACUAUUGGAGCCCCUUUGAAGCUGGGAUUGAAGUCUAUGAAAAGAGAAAUGGUCGAAAUGGUGUUCCACUUCCACAAGAGGAAGUUGAAAGAAGAAGAAGAAGCCGCUAUACUGUUGAUGGCCCUAUCUUGUUCUAGUGGCACUGGCGGCGCCGUCUAUGCUUAA